CUCUGUCAGCUUUAAAAAUCCAGAUUGUACAUUCAAAUGUAUUUUUAUAUCUGAAUGUAUGAGAACAUCCCAUUUACUGUGUUUGGGUAAAUAUGAGUCACUGUAUGAAAAGAGUUAAUUCAUCUUUGCUUCAGCUUCCACCCACAGGGACUAAAUUAAAAAUGAAAAGCUACUGUAGCUGUGUAAGGUUGUUUUGUCCUGUAAUGAAUUAGUGUGUGACAGCGGUUCGGAUGACGGAUGGAGUCCAGGAUCAUUGCCUAGAACUGUGUAAAGUUCAUAAUUGUACAAGUGAAUAAUACAUUUUAAAAUUGUGUAAAAACAAUAAAUAGCCACUUCCUGUGUGUAGAAUAUGGGAUGAGUGUAGUCAUUCAUCCUACCAUGUAAGAACAUUGAUCACUGUUGUUUCUGUUUUAACGGUCGGUCGGAUCUGACAUGUGCCGGGUUCUGGAGCAACAUCUAGUGACAACAAGUAAAUAAUACAGUCUAAGGAAAUACAGAACAUUGUGUAACAAUUCGAGACUCUGGCCUCUGGGGCACUGUGACGUUUUGUCUUAUUCAGUGUGUGUGACGUUGCUUCCUGUUCCUUGUUUCCUGUUUGUAUCCACUGUAUGUCACAUCCACCUGCUGCCAUUUUUUAUGUAUUUAAGGGCUUCCACCACUUUGUUGUUUAUUGCCAUUAUUCUGGUUUGUAAAUGGUUCCUCUCUCUCACCUGGUUUGUACUUGUUACUGUUACUCAGUUUAUGUUUAGUUUUAUAUUCCCUAUUAUGGAAGUAAUCUUAUCUGUCUAAGUUAUGUUAUUUCUUCUGGUGCCUCUAGUUGUUUAGUAUUGGGCCUAUUCUGUGUUAGUAGGUUCAUAUCUUUGGUUAUAGUAUUUUGCAUUGCAGGGAUUUGUUAUUUGCUUCCAUCCAGUCUCACUGUGUUGUAUUUUAUUGUCUUUCAUUUCUUUUAAAAUGUAUAUUUUUAUGUUUUGCAAAUAGACAGAUGAAGAAUAUGACAAUGUCACCAAUAUAAAGCAUCAACAUCUCUAAACCUCAAAUUUUAGCAUUUAGAAUUCUGGAAGAUUCAGUUCCUAAAUCAUGUUGACCUGGAAAGAGAAUAAACCAUGCAUUAGCAUAACACACACAACCUAAUUAUGUCUUUCAUCCAACGAGAGAAAAGACUUGCAUGUAACAUGAGGCACCUGGAAUUAGACAGGGAAAAAGGAAGCACCUUCAUUAGAUGGGAAAACGAUAAAAUGAGAGAGAGAGAGAGAGAGAGAGAGAGAGAGAGAGAGAGAGAGAGGGCAAGGGAGAAAAAGGGGGGAAAAUUGUGUCUAGACAGUCAAACAGCCAAAUUACUGGCACUUCUCUGCAAAACGCAUAAAAUUAGGUUAAUUAGGUGGAAAGUGUAUUAGACAGUGUCAGCAAUGAAGCAGAGGAAGAGUUCUAGGAACUACUGGAGUGUGUGUGUGUUCACUGCAUGGAUGGAGCAUCAAUGGUCAGGACACAAUGUUUCCCUCAUCCAAGUGUUAUUUGGUACUGAGUCAUAGCACCUGGACCCUUUUUCUUUUUACUGUAGGUCAACCUCCGUAUGUGAUGUAUUUUACGAAUCCUACUUCAUUUAAUUAGAUUUCCCAUAAAAUGUAUUGCUAGUAUAAGUUUUAAAAUCAGGAAAUACAUAUUACCAAAAAGAUUUAAUUGGUUAAGAUAUAUUUUUUAUUCAAAUUAGAACACAUACUGCCUGUUUUAAAAUGUUAAAAAUGUUAAUAUGUUACUGAAAUUGGAAAAAAUAAAUAUUUACAUUUGCAAUUUAAUUUGUUUUAUUAGCUCGUUGUUACCUGAUUUACAUCUAUAAAUUCAGGAAAUUUACAUUGUAACAGUAUGAUAUUGUUCUUAUUGUUCCCUGCUUGAUGUUUGGGGAGGUCCACAAAUGCCGCCCAUCCCCUCAGAACCUCACAACCCUGAUGUUCUCCACCUCAUUGGUUCGCGUCGUUUACUCUAAAUGAGGAGAUAAAUGUUUUCUCUAACGUGAUGCCUCGUUACCGACCACAUGGGGGCACGCGCGUCCUCCGCCUGCCUCGCCUCCCACCUCUUUCCUCAUUUCGAGCCUUUGCCAAAUCCCCUCCUCCUCCCUCCCUCUCCCUGCCAGAGGCUGCUGUCGGGCCGCGUAGGGGAGCAUUCAUACCCCGCUGUCGGCGUUUAGCGGAUGGGGCUUUCAGCUUGAGCCGGAGGGAGGAGGAGGAGGAAGAUGAACGGCACCCAGUGCGCCCGUAAGCUGGCUCGGCGGUCCAAGUCUGCCCUCCUCGUCGCCGCGCUGGCCGUGCUGCUGGUCCAGACUCUCAUCGUGUGGAACUUUAGCAGCCUGGACUCCACCGGCGGCGACAGAGAAGCCCGAAGCCGGGAGAAGAGAGAGGACCGAGGCGGCGGAGCCAACAAAGCCGGCGGGGAGCCCCCGCGUCGGGGUCUGCGGAGAAAGGACGACCCGCCGCUCGGGAAGGCGUCCGCUCGCCACAAGCUGCAGAGUAUCUACCAAUCCCACCACCCAGAGGAGAAACUUCGCCUGGACAGUAACAACAAUGAAAACUCAGUCCCCAAAGACUUUGACACCAUUGACAGCAACAGCAACCUGGCUGCUCAAGCCCAACGCCAACGAGUGCCUGCUGCGAAUGCGCGACGCAAGCUGGAUAAGGCCCAAGCGCAAGGCCUCCUGGAAAAAUCGGCUAACGAGAUCCUUAAGUUUCCUCCCGUCCAGCUUCGAGCCGCUGGCCAUGGUCACAACCAGACCUCCGUCCAUAAACCCCACCCCCAGGAGCCCACCGUUCCUGUGCGGGCCAAGCUGUCCAGUCGGGAUGCGCAGCUCCCACAUUCCAAGAAGUCUGCGGGUUUGCUACAGCCUGGUCUGGAGUUGAGCAAGAACCCGUUGCAAUGUGAGAUUAGUGGGAAAGAAGCCAUUUCUGCUCUAUCGAGAGCCAAGGGCCGCGAGUGUCGGCAGCAGAUAGUGGAGGUUUACUGCAAACACAAACAGAGGCUGCUGAUGCCUGAGAAAGUGCCUCGGUACUGCCCCAUAGAAGGUAAGGCAAACACGAACGUACAAUGGGAUGAGGAUCCCUCAGAUGCUGCGUCAGCUGAGCCUGUAAGAAUUGCCUUCGUCCUGGUUGUUCAUGGCCGAGCCUCGCGUCAGUUCCAGCGUCUCUUCAAAGCCAUCUACCACACCUCCCACUACUACUACAUUCAUGUAGACCAGAGAUCCAACUACCUGCAUAGAGAGGUUUUAUCGCUGGCCAGUCACUAUCCAAACGUCCGAGUCACUCCUUGGCGAAUGGCCACAAUCUGGGGCGGCGCCAGCCUGUUGACCAUGUACUUGCGCAGCAUGGAGGACCUUCUGAAAAUGACUGACUGGUUCUGGGACUUCUUCAUCAACCUCAGUGCGGCCGACUACCCCAUCAGGACCAGUAAACAGCUGGUGUCCUUCCUGUCUAAACACCGCAGCAGGAACUUCAUCAAGUCUCACGGCAGAGACAACGCGCGCUUCAUCCGCAAACAGGGCCUGGACCGUCUCUUCUACGAGUGCGACACCCACAUGUGGCGGCUUGGGGAUCGUAAGAUCCCAGAGGGAAUUGGUGUCGACGGGGGAUCUGACUGGUUCCUGCUCAACCGGCCCUUUGUGGAUUAUGUGGUCAACUCCAAAGACGAUCUGGUCAGCAGCAUGAAGCGGUUCUACACCUACACACUGCUGCCAGCUGAGUCAUUUUUCCACACCGUGCUGGAGAACAGCGCUCACUGUGAGACCAUGGUAGACAACAACCUGAGGCUCACCAACUGGAACCGCAAACUGGGAUGUAAAUGCCAGUAUAAGCACAUUGUGGACUGGUGUGGCUGCUCGCCCAACGACUUCAAGCCUUCGGAUCUGCAGCGCUUCCAGCAAGCAUCCAGACCCACCUUCUUCGCCCGGAAGUUCGAGGCCAGUGUCAGUCAAGAAAUAAUCAGUCAGCUGGACUCCUACCUGUUCGGAGCGUAUGCCCCAGACACCCCAGGCCUCCAAGCCUACUGGGAGAACAUCUUUGAGCAGGAGACCGACGGCCUCGCCAGCCUGUCGGACUCCAUGCUCAGCCACGUCCAUGCCUUUGCUCGUAUGGGCCUGUCUCGAGCCAGCAGGUCGCUGCAGGGCCACCCCAGCGACAACACUUGCAGGUACGUAGCCAUGAGUCAUCCGGUGUCGGUCCACCUCUACUUCCUCGCGGACCGGUUCCAGGGCUACCUGGUGCGUCAUGUGGCCACUAACCGAGCCUCCACGCAGCUGGAGAGCUUAGAGACCUGGGUGACGCCCAGAGACCACUUCAGCCUGGUCAGCCCACCCCACCCCACCAACAGGCUGACACACAUUCAGGUUGGAACAGACUGGGAUCCCAAGGAACGGCUGUUCAGGAACUGGGGCGGUCUGCUGGGCCCCAAGGACGAACCAGUGGCCGUCCAGCGCUGGAGCCGAGGUCAGAGCAACCUGACGGCCACGAUCGUGUGGAUCGACCCGACCAACGUCAUCGCCGCCACUUACGACAUCCUGGUGGACGCCUCCGCUGAGGUGACACACUACCGGCCGCCCCUCACCCCACCGCUGAGGCCGGGCCUGUGGACGCUGCGGGUGCUGCACCACUGGAACCUACUGGGCCAAACAAGCUUCGUUGUGGCGCCGCUGGAGUUCCGACGACAACAGCCCAUACAACAAGAGGACGCGGUGCGGUUGCAUGGUGGCCCAGCCAGUAACUCCUACAUGGAGCAGAGCUUUCACGGCCUGAACCCGGUGCUGCGGCUGCCGGUGAGUCUGGGCGCUGUGGAGGAGGCGGAGGCCAACGCGGGUCUGACAGGGGCGCCGCUGCAUCGCUGGCUGGACCGACUGCUGGCAGGCCACUGGUCCGCCUCGGAUGUCUGCUCCAUGGGCCCCAGUGCUUGUCCCGUCAUGCAGCGGUGUCACCUCAGUGUUUGGAGCUCCGCCAGCCCUGACCCCAAAUCUGAACUGACACCACCCAGAGAGGACGGAAGCAUCAGGUAGCAGACGUACGGACUGAGAAAGGACAAGUGGACAGAGGAGAGGAACAAAUAAAGGAGAGCUGUUCUGAUUUUUUAAUAUAUAUUUAUUUAAGGUUUGUGAACAGUGAAGAGGUGAAAGUAAAAGAAGAUGAUGGAAAAGACUCAGAAUAUUCAUAAAGUCAGCUGCUUUUCCAGCUAUUGGGGACUGUGUGUGUGCGCGUGUGUGUGUGCGUGUGCAUGUGCGGGUGCGUGUGCCUGUGUGUGUGUGUGUGUGAGAUCUCUAUACCUCUUGUUCAAAAACAGUGAAUAUGUUGGGAAGCUGUACACUGACAAAUUUAUCAAUGUUAGCCAAUUAAAUUAAGAUGAUUUAAUGAUUGAGGCUUUAUAAAGUUUUAAUUAUAUAAAUUAUGUUUUAUAGUUGUUCUAUUUAUUUUAUUUAAGACUGCUAUCCUAUAAUUUUCAAUUUUAUUCAAGGUUUACAGACAUCCUGGAAACACUGACUUGUUUGGUGCAGUCUUCCAGUCAUAAAUUGCCUUAAACAUGGAUAAUAGUUAGACGUACUAUAAAACAAGUCCUGGACAUUUGUGAAGUGAGUGCAACAAAAUGAAGGUGAUGUUUGUUGUCAGUUGAGCAACUUGGGGCCUAAAAUAAAACAAGCACACAUGUUCUCAUACAGAGUCAGAGUCAUCACAAGUGUGUGUUUCGUCAUUUGUAGCCCUAAAUAAAACUAUUAACUUUACAAGUAAAAAUAAUAUAUUUUACUAUUAAGUACCUCAGAGGUUUACUCUAAGGAAACCAACGGUGCAAACUACCUAUUAGAAAUUGUAUAAAGUCUCCUCUUUAAGACUAAGCAUCUGUUUGACUUGUUUCUGUCCAUCUAAAACAUGAAAAGGAAGACGCCUCCGCUUUCCUCCUUUAUCCUCUUUUAUCUUCACUCAUUUUAUUUCCUCUUUGACUUAAAAGCUGAUGUGACCAUGUUGAGCAAGCAACUGCUGUGUUAGUAAUUUAUUAACAGAGCUAUGUAAAUCUAAAGUUUUUUUUUUUAGCCCAGCUGAAUAUUUAAUAUGUUGACUUUUGCAACAUAAAUUGUCAGAACUGAUGGUAAAAGAAUCAAGACUUUACAUCUACAGCAGAAUUAUAUUCAUGAAGCUAAAAGUGCUUUUUAAUUAGGAAAAUAGUUUUUGUUUAACACCUGAACUUAAUCUUUUUAUUGUAAAGAUUAUUUCACCAAUAGGAUAUUAAAACUACAGCAUAUGCCCAUGAACAGUAAGCGGAGUGAUGUUGUGUGCACUGCACCUGGACAGUGCUCCACAAAGUCCAUUACUUCAUGUAUCAUUUGAAAAAGGAAAAAAAGGAAAAGGAGCAAAACAUACCUCUUAACAGCGAUGUUGUGUUUAUUUUACAAAAGGGUACAAAAUUGUACAAAGGUUGAAGUGGUCAACAUCAUUAUUACAAUAUUAAUUUAAUUUCUUGCUUCACGUGUAAAUAACCAGGGCAUGUUGAUGGGGAAAGGUAAUGGCAACUUUUCUUUGUUUAUUUAAAUAUCAGUUCACAUUUUUUUACUUUGAUUUCAUCUUCACGUCCCUUCUGUUUGAUAAGACCUUUACCAUCUGUGAAUUGUUUUGUAAUAAUUAACAGAUGAUCAAUUUCAAUGCACCUUUGGAUUUUGAUGCUGCUCUGUGAUGACAUUGUGCCAAGAGAGUUGACUCAGCAAAUAUUUAGAACCAGUCUGGGUUGGACCCUAACCAGUAACCAGUUACUCAUGUUUUUUGUACUGCAAAGAUGGGGAAAAAUAAUGAAUUCAAUAGCUUUGUUGUUGGUAAAUGAAACUGUAGCCAGUCAGAUUUCAGGUCAGCACAUAAAGUAGGACCAGGGUAAAAUGAAUGUACUGUCUCUGUCCACAGCAUCCACUGGUGUAGAGCAUCAGCCUCAGACUUUCAUUUUAAAUGUUAAUUUUUUUUUAAAGGUGCCACUUUUCGAUUGGUUUUGUGCUGGGCUACAAUAACAACAUUCAGAGGGGGAAUGGUCUAAAUCAGAACAACUAAACUAUGAAGGCAGUGGUCAGAAUAAACUUUUCUGCUACAAGACAAUUAAUUUAUCUUAUUAGCUUCAUUUUAAUGAGAUUUGAAAUGACGAGCAGGUGGUGCAGAUGUUACAUUACAGUACAUCAGUAACUUACUGCCACUGACUGAACAGCCCAAGAUGUUCAGUUUAAUCCAACAGAUAUUUAAACCUUGUGAGUAACAGCUUCCCCCUGACAAUUUAUCGUCCCAGCAGCCAUUUCAGCACGAGCCUAAGGGACGAUACAACGUUGUUUAUAUUGUGUUCCUGCUCGAGGUGAAUACCUGUGAAUUGACAGUUAAGAGCCAUUCUACUGUAUGUCCAAAAUAUUUUUCAUAUGACAAGUGAAUCUAUGUAAAUCAGUAUUUUGUAAAAUACAUACUUGAUGUACAGUUUUUAAGUUAAUGAUAUAAAACAUCCAACUCUUUUUACACAGCGCUGCUGUGUUAAGUUAUGUGAUUGUCUUAGAGGGUUUUUCGAGACAUUUAGGUGACGUGAAAUUGUUCUGAUGUCGUUAAAUCUCCAGAUUGAGGAAAAUCCCAGCUGAGAGUUUUUGUUUUACUUGUUGCCUUGUGUGUUGUUGCUUUGUGUCUCCUGUCCCAACCAGUUGUUUGGUCUUUUUUGUCUUCUUGAUGCCACUUCUUUGUCUUUUUGACUGUUUGUUGCUUGUUCAUUUGAUCGGUUCUCUCUCUGGGGUUAGUGUUGUGCCUUAGCUGUACUCUUGCUUUAGAAAAGUCUCUCUGAAAACAUGUCUCCAUUGUCCAAAAACCAAAAAUUGAAUGAAUUGUUGUGAAUGCCUUAUAAAUGACCAUAGUGGUCAUUUAUACAUUUUUGAAAAUUAAAAUUAAUCUCCCUUUAUAAUGCA